AUGGAAGAGAACAUGGUGGAAAGAGACCAAGGCAGUGAGAUCAACGUUAAAGACGAGCUGAAGAGUGCAAACUGGGUUGAAAGCAUAACCAAACUUGUGCGCCAGUGGAAACAGAAGCAACUAAAGAAUGAUGAAUAUGGCAAACAAGACAAUGAUGAUGGUGAUGAAGAUGGAGCUGGGGACUUAUGUAAAGCAGAAUACGAUGAUGAUGCAGCUGAUGGCAGUGCGAAGAAAAAAGCUGGAUACUUCUUGAGGCUGUUGAGUCCUGUGCCCUGGUCAGACACCAAGCUUUUCUCUAAGUUGGCUUUCCUGUGCAACAUGGCUUGUGUGAUCCCAGAGAUUAAAGUUAUACAUUCACCACGUUCACUUCAAGAGCUACAUCCUGGACAUUAUUUCAGAUCAAUUGACGACGUGAACCAAAUUGUGAGCAGGCUGAGGAUAAUUCCAGUCUUGUACCUCUGGCGGCAUCAUCAAUCUGCAGAAUCAGGUACCCAGAAAAAGGAGAAUUCUAGGCAUAAGCGCUUACAUCACUCAUCAGUUGCAUAUGAGCUUGUUGCUUCUGCUGCAUCUAAUGUCCAAGCUCUUGUCAAAGACUAUCAAUUGGUUCUGGAUCCCAGCUGCAGAUCAAUAAUGCAGUUCUACAUGCCAAAGGAAAACACCAAAGAAGAUGUAGUGGGAACUCCACGAGUACACAAAUCAGAUACAGCUGCAUAUCUAGCAUCAUCAGCAGCGAUUGCAGCAGAUGCAAAGCAAAAUCGUGAGGCAGCAAUGGAUCUUGAAUCACAUCAUUCCUCAGCUUCUGAAGGGUUUGUUUGUGAUGACUCAGAGAUAUAUACACGCUGCUUUGUUAUCCAUGUAACAAUUCAAGCAAUCCGAUAUUACAUCGUCACAGUCCCAAGAUAG